UUUAAAUUUUUACCAAUUGUUUAUUGAUUUAUACGAAUUCAAUCAAAUGUAAAACACCAAACAGAAUGGAUCAGUAAAUAUAAAACUUUGUUAUCUUCUCCAAAAUUUACAUUUUCAUGUGUGUAUAGACUAUAGUAUGGUUACGAUGAAGUUGAUGAUGUUGGUGACCAAGGAGUCAUAUCCAUGGGAUAACUCCCAAGCACCCGCAAGAACGAUGUAAACUCCUGAACCUCGGCAAGCGCGUUCUGAGCACGCGCCUCCGCCAUCGAGGCCUCGAAGUCAACAUAAAACAUGUACUCAAAAUGCUUCGCCGUCCCGACAUUGGCAUCAUCCACGACCCUGAUCGGACGGUUGUGAUUCGGCCUCGAUUCGAUCUUCGUCAAGCUAAUGUCUCUGAAGGCGAAAGCAGAGAGCACCUUGAAAAGCACGCUGGUUCCUUUCUCGUGCGCAAAGACAAUGCUAGUCUUGAACGGUCUAUCUGUUCUAGGUAUGAUUGGCUCACGCGCCAGCAUCACGAAGCGCGUCACGUUACUCACGUCGUCCUGAAUCCCAUCUUCCAAAAUCUCCAACCCGUAUAUCUCGGCGGCGCGUGCACUCGCGAUAGCGGCUGUGUCGCGGAGGUUGUUAGAGGCGAUGAACUCAGCGGCUCCUGCGGUGUCAUCAACUGCCUCACGUGCGACAUUAAGUCCGAGCUUUGUGAGCGUGUGCUCACACUGAGCGAGACCUUGAGGGUGUGAGAUCACACGUGUGAGAAACUCUUUACGAACGCCGGGAAGAGCCAGUAAACAGUGAUGAACAGGGAGUUGAACUUCGCCGACUAUAUGAAGACGGUGACGGAGGAGGAGAUCGUAAUUACGGUGGAUAGAACCGCCGAGAGAGUUCUCCACCGGUAAAACAGCACGAUCUGCGAUCCAAAGCUCCACCGCUUGAAACGCAACCUCAAAUUGAUCGCAAGGUAUAGCUUGACAAUUAGGAUAAGCUUUACCAGCGGCUGCUUCAGAGUAAGCACCGGGAACACCUUGAUAAGCGACGCGUAGAUUAGAUCCGUGCAUCGGAGCCGGCGAGAGAUCCGUCAUGCUAAGGGGUUUCAGUGGAUUAUGACGAUGCUGUGGAACCAACGGAUUGCUAUCAGAUUUCUCAAUCGGAACAAGAUUCAUUCCUGGAACUCGUGCGGCGGCGCUGUUAUGGCCGUUGAGAUGAUCAACUCCGCCGGAAACUGGAGGCACAGGUAAGGAUUCAGAUUCUUCUUGAGAAAUAACCUUGCUUGUUAGAAUAGCGCAGGAGCUCUGCCAUUCAGAACGACCAGAUCGCGCGAUAAGCGCAGUCGCCGUCGCCGGCUGGCUAGCACCUAAUAUUGGAGAAGAAGAUGAUAGAGCUUUCAUGUUUUAGCAAUGGCGUCUUAAAAUUGGUUAUUCAAGCUCAAUGAAAUAGCAAAGUCGAGAAUGUAGAAAAACAUGUUUUCCUGGGGUAGUUCGUUUGUGUGGUCACUUCUCCACCUACCACAACCACCUUACAAGUCACAGUCGUAUGGACCAUACCGGCAUUUAACUGAAAAUUAAUUCGACCCGAUCCGGUUUAAGUUAUUUGGUUUCAUAAACCGAUUUUCUCCAUACCCCAAUUGAGAUAUGAGAGUGUUUAAGACUUUACCGGAGGUGAUUCGAGUUCAAGGAGACAGUCUACACUUGUGACUUGUGAGUCGGAGCUUGAGAACACCUACAGCUACAAGAAGGAAGUUUGUUUUCGCCUCGAGCUAGAAAUCCUAAUUUGUCAUCAUCGUCUCGAAUGGAAAGGCUGUGUUCGAAAUCCAAAAUGCAAAUGCGAUAAAGAUGGGCUUUUAGAUAGGCCCAAUUAGAGUCCAAAAAUGAGGGGCUUAUCAGUGAUUUGGUUGCCAAUACCAAAAGCGCGGGAAAAUGAUAAAAGAUUUUUUUUUCCUCUCUACUCUUUCACUCACUUUCUCCGGCAUCCACGAAGCCCUACCAGUAAAAGCCCUUUUGUUGACCCUAAAUUCUCCUUCAAAGCUUCUCCAGGAAUAAAGCUCCUCUCUAUAUAGGAAUCUCUCUCUGUCCCGCGUAAUUUAUAAUCGCCGCAAAAUGAGCGGAGAUAAUCGAAGACGGGAUCGAAAGGAUACGCGGUGGUCGAAGAAGCCUAAGGUAGUGAACACUGCGGAAGAUGAACUCGAAUCUAAACUCGGAUUUGGGCUUUUCUCUGAAGGUGAAACCCGACUUGGGUGGUUACUCACAUUCUCAUCGUCAUCUUGGGAAGAUCGCGAUACUGGGAAAGUCUAUAGUUGUGUGGACCUUUACUUUGUUACUCAGGACGGCUUUUCUUUCAAGACAAAGUACAAGUUCCGUCCUUACUUUUAUGCAGCCACGAAAGACAAAAUGGAAUUGGAACUCGAAGCCUACUUGAGACGCCGAUAUGAAAGACAAGUUGCUGAUAUUGAGAUUGUUGAAAAAGAAGAUCUUGAUCUUAAAAAUCAUCUAUCUGGCCUGCAAAAAAAAUACCUAAAAAUAUCAUUUGAUACUGUGCAACAAUUGAUGGAAGUCAAGCGGGAUUUGUUACAUAUUGUCGAACGAAACCAGGCAAAAUUUGAUGCACUUGAAGCAUACGAAUCCAUAUUGGCUGGAAAACGAGAACAACGUCCUCAAGAUUGCUUAGACUCUAUCGUGGACCUCCGCGAGUACGAUGUACCUUAUCAUGUUCGAUUUGCAAUUGAUAAUGAUGUGCGGAGUGGGCAAUGGUACAAUGUCAGUAUUUCCAGCACCGAUGUCAUAUUGGAGAAGAGGACAGAUCUUCUUCAACGCGCAGAAGUCCGUGUUUGUGCCUUCGAUAUAGAGACAACAAAGCUUCCGUUGAAGUUUCCUGAUGCUGAAUAUGAUCAAAUUAUGAUGAUAUCCUACAUGGUCGAUGGGCAAGGUUUUCUAAUUAUUAACAGAGAGUGUGUUGGCGAAGAUGUAGAAGAUCUGGAAUAUACACCAAAACCAGAAUUUGAAGGGUAUUUCAAAGUUACUAAUGUUAAAAAUGAGGUUGAACUCCUCCAAAGAUGGUUUUACCAUAUGCAAGAGUUGAAACCCGGUAUUUAUGUUACAUACAACGGUGACUUUUUUGACUGGCCAUUUAUAGAACGGAGAGCAUCUCAUCAUGGGAUAAAAAUGAAUGAGGAAUUGGGAUUCCGUUGUGAUCAGAAUCAAGGUGAAUGUCGAGCUAAAUUCGCUUGUCAUUUGGAUUGUUUUGCUUGGGUUAAACGUGAUAGCUAUCUUCCUCAGGGAAGCCAUGGUCUGAAGGCUGUUACAAAGGCAAAACUAGGUUAUGAUCCACUGGAAGUGAACCCAGAGGACAUGGUUCGGUUUGCGAUGGAAAAGCCCCAGACAAUGGCCUCCUACUCUGUCUCUGAUGCUGUUGCAACUUAUUACCUAUACAUGACAUAUGUCAAUCCAUUCAUUUUUUCUCUCGCAACUAUCAUCCCAAUGGUCCCUGAUGAGGUUUUACGUAAAGGGAGUGGCACCCUUUGUGAAAUGCUUCUGAUGGUUGAGGCUUACAAGGCAAAUGUUGUAUGUCCCAACAAAAAUCAAGCUGACCCUGAGAAAUUCUACCAAAAUCAACUUCUUGAAAGUGAGACAUAUAUUGGUGGUCAUGUAGAGUGCCUUGAAAGUGGUGUUUUCAGAUCUGACAUUCCAACCAGUUUUAAACUCGAUUCAUCGGCAUACCAGCAACUGAUCGAUAACCUUGGUCGUGAUCUGGAAUAUGCUAUCACUGUAGAAGGAAAAAUGAGAAUGGAUUCAAUUUCCAAUUAUGAUGAAGUGAAGGACGAAAUCAAGGAGAAGCUUGAGAAGUUACGAGAUGACCCUAUACGGGAAGAGGGGCCUCUUAUUUAUCACCUUGAUGUCGCAGCCAUGUAUCCAAAUAUCAUCUUAACAAACAGGCUUCAGCCACCAUCAAUAGUUACGGAUGAGAUUUGCACAGCAUGUGAUUUCAACCGCCCGGGAAAGACCUGUCUUAGAAAACUUGAAUGGGUUUGGCGUGGUGUGACAUUCAUGGGAAAGAAAAGUGAUUAUUACCAUUUGAAGAAGCAGAUUGAGUCUGAAUUUGUUGAUGCUGGUGCAAAUAUAAUGUCUUCAAAAUCGUUCCUUGAUCUGCCAAAGGUGGAUCAACAAUCUAAGCUAAAAGAACGACUAAAAAAAUAUUGUCAAAAGGCUUAUAAACGAGUACUUGACAAGCCAAUUACUGAAGUUCGUGAAGCUGGGAUAUGCAUGAGAGAAAACCCUUUCUAUGUGGAUACUGUUCGGAGCUUUCGAGAUAGGAGGUAUGAAUACAAAACACUUAACAAGGUCUGGAAGGGAAAAUUGUCAGAGGCCAAGGCAAGUGGUAAUUCAAUCAAGAUCCAGGAAGCACAGGACAUGGUAGUGGUUUACGAUUCCUUGCAGCUAGCUCAUAAGUGUAUACUUAAUUCCUUCUAUGGAUAUGUCAUGCGAAAGGGUGCAAGAUGGUAUUCCAUGGAAAUGGCUGGUGUAGUUACCUAUACUGGAGCCAAAAUCAUACAGAAUGCCCGUUUGCUUAUUGAGCGAAUUGGGAAACCACUUGAGUUGGAUACAGAUGGUAUAUGGUGUUGUCUCCCUGGAUCUUUUCCUGAGAACUUUACUUUUAAAACAAUAGACAUGAAGAAACUCACCAUCUCGUAUCCUUGUGUUAUGCUUAAUGUUGAUGUGGCAAAGAAUAAUACAAAUGAUCAAUAUCAGACUCUUGUAGAUCCUGUACGCAAGACAUAUAAAUCACAUAGUGAAUGCUCAAUUGAAUUUGAAGUAGAUGGACCGUACAAGGCAAUGAUUAUUCCUGCAUCGAAAGAAGAAGGAAUCUUAAUCAAGAAGCGUUAUGCUGUUUUCAAUCAUGAUGGAACCUUAGCAGAACUCAAGGGGUUUGAGAUCAAGCGUAGAGGGGAGCUGAAACUCAUUAAAGUUUUCCAGGCCGAGCUUUUUGACAAAUUUCUCCAUGGAUCAACUCUUGAAGAGUGUUAUUCUGCUGUUGCAGCGGUUGCUGAUCGAUGGCUUGACCUACUCGAUAAUCAAGGAAAAGAUAUUGCCGAUAGUGAACUGCUAGAUUAUAUAUCAGAAUCAAGCACAAUGAGCAAAUCGUUAGCAGAUUAUGGUGAGCAAAAGUCAUGUGCAGUGACCACAGCAAAACGCCUGGCUGAAUUUCUUGGUGUUACAAUGGUCAAAGAUAAAGGACUACGUUGCCAGUACAUUGUUGCUUGUGAACCAAAGGGUACACCGGUAAGCGAACGUGCUGUUCCUGUUGCCAUAUUUACAACAAAUCCGGAAGUUAUGAAGUUUCAUUUGCGAAAAUGGUGCAAGACAUCAUCAGAUGUCGGAAUUCGUCUGAUUAUUGACUGGUCGUAUUACAAGCAGCGCCUUAGUUCAGCUAUCCAAAAAGUUAUUACCAUUCCUGCUGCAAUGCAGAAGGUGGCAAAUCCCGUGCCUAGGGUGCUUCAUCCUGACUGGCUCCAUAAAAAGGUCCGUGAGAAAGACGACAAAUUUCGCCAGAGAAAACUAGUUGAUAUGUUCAGCUCAGCAAAUAAAGAUGUUGUGUUGGACACAGAUCUUCCGGUGACUAAAGAUAAUGUGGAAGAUAUUGAGGAUUUUUGCAAAGAAAAUAGGCCUUCCGUCAAAGGGCCAAAGCCAAUUGCGCGUUCCUAUGAAGUCAAUAAAAAACAGUCUGAAUGUGAGCAGCAAGAGAGCUGGGAUACAGAGUUCCAUGAUAUCUCAUUUCAGAACAUUGACAAGAGCGUAAACUACCAAGGAUGGCUUGAACUGAAAAAGAGAAAAUGGAAAGUAACUCUAGAGAAGAAGAAAAAACGAAGGUUGGGUGAUCUAAGAUCUUCAAACCAGGUUGAUACUCACGAGAUAAAUCAAAAAGUCGGUCAGGGAAGAGGAGGUGUGGGUUCAUACUUUAGGAGGCCUGAAGAAGCUUUGACUAGUUCACAUUGGCAGAUAAUACAGCUGGUCCCAAGUCCACAGAGCGGACAAUUUUUUGCUUGGGUGGUUGUGGAAGGGUUGAUGCUUAAGAUCCCAUUGUCGAUCCCAAGGGUGUUUUACAUUAAUUCCAAAGUUCCUAUAGAUGAAUAUUUCCAAGGAAAGUGUGUCAACAAGAUUCUUCCUCAUGGAAGGCCUUGUUAUAGUUUGACUGAGGUCAAGAUUCAAGAAGAUCAAUUUAAAAAAGAAAGUAAAAAGCGUGCAGCUCUUCUUGCAGACCCUGGAGUUGAGGGCAUAUAUGAAACUAAGGUGCCUCUGGAGUUUAGUGCUAUAUGUCAGAUUGGAUGUGUAUGCAAAAUUGAUAACAAAGCCAAGCACCGUAACACCCAAGAUGGAUGGGAAGUUGGUGAACUUCACAUGAAAACUACAACUGAGUGUCACUACUUGAAGCGUUCAAUUCCACUUGUUUACUUGUAUAACAGCACCUCAACAGGGCGUGCUAUAUAUGUUUUAUAUUGUCAUGUAUCGAAGCUUAUGUCUGCCGUUGUAGUUGAUCCUUUUAACGGCAAUGAAUUAUUACCAUCUGCCUUAGAGAGACAGUUUAGAGAUAGUUGCCUAGAAUUAUCACUUGAUUCAUUGUCUUGGGAUGGUAUCCGUUUCCAGGUGCACUACGUUGACCAUCCCGAAGCUGCCAAGAAGAUAAUACAAAGAGCAAUAAGUGAAUACAGAGAAGAAAAUUGUGGACCAACUGUUGCUGUCAUUGAAUGCCCUGACUUUACCUUCAUGAAGGAAGGUAUUAAGGCCCUAGAUGAUUUCCCAUGUGUGAGGAUUCCCUUCAACGACGAUGACAAUAGUUAUCAGCCUGUCUCCUGGCAACGUCCAGCUGCAAAAAUAGCAAUGUUCCGUUGUGCUGCAGCAUUUCAGUGGUUGGAUCGGAGGAUUACCCAAUCAAGAUACGCCCAUGUGCCUCUGGGGAAUUUUGGACUUGAUUGGCUAACAUUCACAAUAGAUAUCUUCCUAUCCAGGGCACUCCGUGACCAGCAACAGGUCCUUUGGGUGUCAGAUAAUGGUGUUCCAGACCUUGGAGGUAUAAACAAUGAAGAGGCAUUCUUUGCCGAUGAGGUGCAACAGACAAGUUUAGUAUUCCCUGGAGCGUAUAGAAAAGUGUCUGUGGAGUUAAAGAUCCAUAACUUGGCUGUUAAUGCCCUUCUGAAAAGCAACCUGGUGAAUGAAAUGGAAGGAGGCGGUUUUAUGGGAUUUGAACAGGAUGUGAAUCCUAGAGGAAUUAAUUCAAACGAUAACACCAGUUUUGAUGAGACCACUGGAUGUGCUCAAGCAUUUCGUGUCCUGAAACAGUUGAUUCAUAGUUGCUUGACUGAUGUGCGUAAAUCUAAAAAUAUAUAUGCUGAUUCCAUUUUGCAACGUUUGUCUUGGUGGCUCUGCAGCCCUUCCUCGAAGCUCCAUGAUCCAGCUCUUCAUCUCAUGCUUCACAAGGUCAUGCAAAAGGUGUUUGCACUGCUAUUGACUGAUUUGCGGAGAUUAGGUGCUAUAAUAAUAUAUGCAGACUUCUCAAAGGUCAUUAUCGACACAGUGAAAUUUGAUCUAUCUGCAGCUAAGGCUUAUUGUGAAAGCUUGCUAUCAACGGUGCGGAAUAGUGAUAUCUUUGAGUGGAUAUUGCUCGAGCCGGUUCACUACUGGCACUCAUUACUUUUCAUGGACCAGUAUAACUACGCUGGUAUCCGAGCCGAUGAUGAAAUUUCACUUGACGAAGUGACUAUUGAACCAAAGUGGAGUGUUGCACGACAUUUACCUGAGUAUAUUGAGAGGGAUUUCAUUAUAAUCAUUGCCAAGUUUAUAUUUGACCCCUGGAAAUUUGCGAUAGAAAAUAAAAAGGGCAGUUCAGAGAGUUUAGAGGCACAGAUGAUAGAAUAUCUAAGAGAACAGAUUGGAUCAACCUUCAUAAAUAUGCUUGUCAAAAAGGUUGAUGAUAUCAUGUCACACAUGAAGGAGAUAAAUGUUUCAGAUGCAUCUCGGGUUUCUGGUCAAGCUCCCAAAGGAGAUUACUCGUUGGAAUUUAUACAGGUUAUCUCUGCUGUUCUGGCUCUUGACCAAAACGUCCAGCAAGAUGUUCUGGUAAUGAGAAAGAGUCUGUUGAAGUACAUUAAAGUAAAAGAGUGUGCUGCUGAAGCCGAAUUUCUUGAUCCUGGGCCAUCCUUCAUCUUACCUAAUGUAGCUUGCAGCAACUGUGAUGCCUACAGAGACCUAGAUAUAUGCAGAGACCCAGCACUGUUAACAGAGAAAGAAUGGUCAUGUGCGGAUACACAAUGUGGGAAGAUAUAUGACAGAGAGCAGAUGGAGAGUAGCCUUCUAGAGAUGGUGAGACAGAGAGAAAGAAUGUACCAUAUGCAGGAUGUAGUGUGCAUUAGGUGCAAUCAGGUGAAAGCGGCUCAUUUGACAGAGCAGUGUGAGUGUUCUGGUUCCUUUAGAUGCAAGGAGAGUGGGUCAGAGUUCAGCAAGAGGAUGGAGAUAUUCAUGGAUAUAGCAAAGCGCCAGAAGUUUAGACUGUUAGAAGAAUACAUCUCUUGGAUCAUAUAUGGCCCUAGCUAUUAA